AUGGAAAAUCAAGAUACGCCACAAAUAAUAACACACAUAGAACAUAAUCUCAAUCACUCACUUUUUGACUGCAAAUGGAUUCCUUGUUCAGCAAAGUUCGUCGUCAUAGGUUGCCUGCCAAAGGGAAGCGGAACGAUUGAAAUAUUUGAAAUCACAUCGGGUGAGAUAAAUAAGAUUAAGGAAAUAGAAAGACCCAAUUCUUAUAAAUGUGGCACAUUUGGAGCUAGCAGUGAUAUUGAAAGGAGGCUUGCUACUGGUGAUUUUAAAGGCACCUUGGAAAUAUGGGAUCUAGAAAAGACUUGUCAAGUUUAUAUCACCAAGGAACAUACAGAUAUUAUAAAUUCAAUAGAUGGCAUUGGUGGUAAUACCUUCAACUGUGGAGCACCAGAACUUGUGACUGGUAGUCGUGAUGGUACUGUAAAGGUUUGGGACCCAAGACAAAGAGGCAAACCAGUAGCUAACAUGCAACCAAUGAAAGGAGAGAUUAAAAGAGACUGCUGGGCCGUAGCUUUUGGCAAUUCAUUUAAUGACGCAGAAAGAAUAGUUGUAGCCGGUUAUGAUAAUGGGGAUCUUAAGAUGUUUGAUCUUCGUACAAUGUCAUUGAGAUGGGAGUGCAAUUUACGGAAUGGAGUGUGUUCCACUGAAUUUGAUAGAAAGGACAUACCAAUGAAUAAGCUAGUAGCUACUACUUUAGAGGGAAAGUUCCAUGUGUUUGAUAUAAGGACCCAAAACCCUACUAAAGGCUUUGCACAGGUCCUAGAUAAUUCAACGAAAAGUGGGACAAUUUGGGUGUCACGACACUUACCACAAAAUCGUGACAUUUUUGUUACGUGUGCUGGAAAUGGACAAGUUUCUCUAUGGAAAUACGAAUAUCCAGAGCAACGUUUCCACGUGGACGGCCACGGAGUGGCGGUCGGUGUGCCCGGCAAGUUGAACCGUCUCCAGCGCAUGGUGAUCAGCUCUCAGCCAAUCAACGCCCUGGAUUGGAACAAGGAUCACCUUGGCUUGGCUGUGGCCACGGCUUACGAUCAAUAUGUGAGAGUUAUUGUUACGACGAAGCUGAAUUUGCAUUGA